AUGAUUGAGAUCACUUGUAACGACCGAUUGGGGAAAAAAGUGCGGGUUAAAUGCAACCCGACCGAUAAAGUCGGGGAUUUGAAAAAACUUAUUGCCGCCCAAACCGGUACUGCUCCGGAACGUAUUGUUUUGAAGAAAUGGUACACCAUUUACAAAGAUCACGUUACAUUGCGCGACUAUGAAAUUAAUGAUGGGAUGAAUUUGGAAUUGUACUACCAGUAA